AUGAAGAUCGCUCUUCUCCUCGCUCUAGCUGCUCUCGUGACUGCCACGCACGCCGCUGUCCCUGCCGUCCCGACCGACCGAAUGGCCGAGUUCCUCCAAGAGAAGGCCGCCAUCGAGUCCGAGCUGAGCCAGUGGAAGCAGAGUGACGCCGGAGCGUUCGCCAAGCAGCAUGGCUUCAUGCCAUCCACGUCUUCGAAGUCUGCUGGUGGAGCAGAGGACGAGGAGCUGCGUCGAUUCUUCUUGACCAAGCUGAUGAUCGAGGAGGCUCAAGCGACGAACCCCGAGGCUGUCUUCUCCACCGACACCCCGUUCUCGCUCAUGACGGAAGACGAGUUCGUGAAUACGGAGAAGGACUGGACCAAGUCGGGAUGCGUCGCUGCGGUGAAGAACCAGGGGCAAUGCGGCUCAUGCUGGGCGUUCGCUGCUAUCGCUUCGCUCGAGAGCGCCGUGUGUAUCUCCGGUGGUGAUCUUACGACGCUGUCGGAGCAGCAAGUGCUGGACUGCGACACGGCUUCGUACGCCUGCCAAGGAGGCUUCCCGGGUGAUGCGCUCGAGUUUAUCCAGCGCUCCGGCGGUGUCUGCACUGAAGAUGCCUACCCGUACGUGUCUGGCGACUCGGGCGAUCGCGAUAUUUGCCAGAAGACAUCGUGCAAGCCCGAGGCCGUGGCCAUCCGCAAGGUGGUGUCUGUUCCUGAGUCCGAGAGUGGCCUGAUUCAAGCGAUCAGCGGCCGUCCCGUGGCCGUCGGUGUCGCGGCUGGCAACCCCACGUGGAAGCAGUACAAGGGCGGCGUCGUCUCCUCCUGCACGUCGACGGAUCUGGAUCACGCUGUGCUGGCGGUGGGCUACGGGGGAGGCAGCGACGGCUCGACGCCCUACUUCAAGAUCAAGAACUCGUGGGGCACCCAGUGGGGCGAGGCCGGCUUCAUUCGCCUCAAGCGCGGGUCUGGCACCGGCAGCUCUGGCACUUGCGGAGUCAUCGGCCCCAAGUCCGUCUACCCGCAGCUGUAA